AUGAUAUUCUUAACUCAUUUAGAAACAUUGAUAAAAUUGAGUCUUUUGAGUGUUAAGCAAUGGACAAUCUUUGAUUCAUCUUUGCAGAAGCCACCGUAUUCUUAUAUUUGGUUAACAUAUAUGGCGAUCCAGAAUUCAGAUGAAAAAAUGUUGCCACUUACAGAAAUAUAUAAAUUUAUCAUGGACAAAUUUCCAUUCUAUCGUAAAAAUACACAGAGAUGGCAAAAUUCUUUGCGGCAUAAUUUAUCUUUCAACGACUGUUUUGUGAAGAUCCCAAGGCGAGCUGAUAGGCCAGGAAAAGGUUCAUAUUGGGCAGUACAUCCUAAAGCUCUCGGAAUGUUUGAGAAUGGAAGUUGUCUACGUAGGCGAAAACGCUUCAAGAUUCAUCAAGGAUGUUCAACUAAUGAAGAAUUUGGACGAGAUCAACCAAAGCUUUCUUAUCCUACUGCCAAUUUUCCAUGGAUUUUUCCAUCUCAAUCACUCAUGACGCAUACUUUAUUUGAUCCUCAACAGUUUUUUUUUCAUAAAAAUAAUUUUUUAUUAUUACCACAGUAUGCUUCAAAUCAUAUUAUUAGCCGAACUCCAACACCCAGGCCAAAUUGUAAUUCUUUUACUAUUGCUUCAAUUUUAUCGAUUCCAACAUAA